AUGGGUACUGUAUGUGUAAAAAAGCAAUCCCCUUCUAAAAGAUUACAACCACAAAUUCAAAUUUAAUCUAUAAAAACCUAAAAUACUGUACCAUCGGCUUCUUUAAAUAUAGAAAAUAAACAUUAAAAGACUUAGCAACCAUAAUAAUAAACCAAUGUGAUUUAAGUGAAAGAAAAUUCUUUAAGACAGCAACUUUUAAGCGAAGUAUAAAAGAUUCUAAUUAAGUUUACAUCUCCUCGUACAGAUAUAAAUGAUCGAUCAAUCUAAAGUAAAAGUGAACUUACAAAAGUUGAACCUUCAAAAUUAUCUUCUCUAAACUAGGAAGCUGAUAAAAAUUAUUUUAAAAGCGAACAUGCUCCAGAUUAAGAUUUAACUGUUUAGGUUGAAGAACCAAAAAUAUCUAACAUUAAAGUUUUUAAAACGUUAAAUACUUUAAAACCUUUUAGAUAUGAUUUAGAAGAAGAUAAAAAAUUUAAUGAUUGCAUAAAAUUACCUCCACAAGUAAGAAUCAUAUCUACUAUUCUAGUCAUUUAUAAAUACUGGCAUAAUAUAUAUAGGAUAAUGGAAAAAUAAAUAAAAAUAAGGAAGAGGACGUUAAUAUUGGUCUGAUGGUGCAUAUUAUGAAGGAUAUUGGUAAAACCAUGCAGCAAAUGGAUUUGGAAGACUUAUUCACCCAGAUGGAUCAUAUUAUGUAAAAUUAAGGUUUAGUUAAUUUGCAGGAAGGAAAUUGGAUCGAUGAUUUAUAAUAAGGAUUUGGAAAAUAUGUAGAUUGUGAAGGUAAUUAUUAUGAAGGAGAAUGGAAAGAUGAUGAAAAACAUGGUUAAGGUUUUGAAUAUUGGAUAUCAGGAGAUACCUAUUAAGGUUAAUAUCUUGGUGGUCUAAAAAAUGGAAUAGGAAUAUACACAUGGUCAAAUGGUAAUAGAUAUGAAGGAACCUAUGUAUAAGAUUAGAUAUAAGGUUUUGGAACUUACAUAUGGUCAGAUGGAUAAGAAUAUAAUGGUGAAUGGUUUUAGAAUUAAAUGCAUGGUAAAGGAACUUAUAAAUGGACUAAUGGGAAUAAAUUUGUUGGGAAUUAUAAGGAAGAUAAAAAAGAAGGAUAAGGCAUUUUCUACUUUUCAGAUGGAAGAACACUUAAGGGAACUUGGAUUUUAGGAAAAUAACAUGGACUUGGUGUAUUAACUGAAUUAGAUGCUAAAGAAAUUAUAGGAAUCUGGGAUAAAGGAUAAUUAGUUUCAAAAUAAUGA